ACGCGCAGUGGAUCCCACUCUCGCUGGAGAGGAAAAAAGCGCCGUCGGAUUGCAACAGCGACUCACCGGGAAAAAUGUUCCCACCACCGCCCUUCAUCCGCGCUGUCCAGGUCUGCAAAAGUCAUGUGAAAGGAUCCACAACACAUGAGGACUCGAGUUUAUUCGACCAUUAAACUUGUUUCAGAGGAUUGUGAACUCCGAAGGUGAUUUAUAAGACACAGGAAUUGAAGUUAACAUUGGACAGGUGCAGAAAAUGGCGAGAAGACUCCUGCAGCUCCUUGCCUUGUGGACUACUGUGAUUGGCAUUGUGCAGUGCUGUCCAGAGCUCUGCAGCUGCCAGGAUAAAUUUGCCCACCAGUUUGCAGACUGUGCUUACAAGGACCUGCUGGUGGUACCUGUGGGCCUCCCAUCCAAUGUUACCACCGUCAGCCUUUCUGCCAACAAGAUCAAUUUACUGAAAAGUAAAAGCUUCAUCAAUAUCACUCAGGUCACCUCUCUUUGGCUGGCCCACAAUGAGAUCAUUACCAUAGAGACGGACACCUUGGCCCCCCUGAUCCAGCUCCGCAACCUGGACAUAAGUUACAACAAGAUUGUGAACUUUCCAUGGGAGGAUCUGCACAACCUCACCGCCCUGCAGCUUCUGAAAAUGAACAACAAUGAGAUGGUGAACCUUCCAAAGGAUGCCUUUUCCACACUCAAAGACUUGAGGUCGCUGCGCAUUAACAAUAACAAGUUCAGCACCAUUGUGGAGGGCACCUUCAGCGCUCUCUCCUCCAUGUCCCACCUUCAGAUUUUUAACAACCCCUUCACAUGCUCCUGCAGCCUGGAGUGGCUGAGGGAGUGGAUCACAACAACUAAGAUUUCUGUCCCUGAGCCAAAUUCAAUUGUAUGUGAGGCCCCUGAACACCUGAAAGGCACACUGGUUACAAAGAUACCUAAACUGGACUGUAGGGCCCCUACUGUCACUAUAACCUACCAGCCCAACAUUGAGAACACAGAGCUCUAUGAGGGUUUUAUGGUCAUCUUAAAUUGUGAGACAAAAGGGAGCCCCAAACCACAGGUCAGCUGGGAGGUAAUUGCAGGAAAUCAAAACGAUCUGUUCCCUCUGCCAUCCACUGCAGAGAUUAAUGAUGCGCCAAUUAAUGAUAAAACAACCAACAAUCGAUUUCUCGUCUUUAGAAACGGCACUCUCAUCAUCCCUCGUAUGAGUAAAAGGGAAGAUGGAAAUUACAGCUGCUCUGCAGUGAAUGAUUUGGGCAAAGCAGAGAGCAGUGUUAGAGUGGCUAUGGCAGGCACCCAAAAACAUGCCAGUAACUCAGUGCUCGAUUCUACCGAUGGCAAAAUCCAUCCGUCUGCUAAAAAGCCCACAGAGACCAAGCCCUCUAAAAACAAUGUGAUCGACUGGGCCAAGCCUGAAGAAAAGACAAAGGGCAGUCCUGAAGCUUCAGACAAAACUAACCGCAAGGAUCCAACUGGCAGUUUUAUAAAGAACCCCACCUUUGCAACCAAAUGCGGUGUGAGAGAAAGCAGCGAAUACAUCUCCAACCAUGCCUUCAACAUGAGCUUGGAGGACCUGAAGCAGUACACCUUUGAUUUUGGUGUUAUUGCAUUAGAGGUGUCGGAGACGGAGGCCAAAGUUCAGCUGAAUCCGCUGCAGCUUCCCAGCAGCAAAUCUAACCUUCAUCUCAGUCAAACUGAAAACCAGGAAACAGUGAAUAAAGAGCCCGUGGGGUUGUACCAGUCUUCAUCCGGUAAAGCCACCCUGGACAUGGUCUACCUCUGUGUAAAUACAGGAAAUGGACACUCUGUGGUUGAGUGGUCCAAUAUAGAAGAAGGGGUUAAUGCCUACCACUUCCGUGGUUUACAGCCUGGCACCAAUUACACACUUUGUCUCACCUAUGGGGGGCAGGACUGCCAAGUCCAAGUGGUCUUCACAACUAGGAAGAAGAUCCCCUCCCUGCUUAUCAUCGUUGUUGUCAGCAUCUUCCUGCUGGCUCUGGCCACUGUUCCCUUAUUGGGGGCCACCUGCUGCCAUUUGUUAUACAAGUACCAAGGGAAGACCUACAAACUGAUCAUGAAGGCUCACAAUCCGGAUCAGAUGGAGAAACAAAUGGCUGGAGACUUUGAUCCCAGGGCGUCUUUUGUGGAGUCAGAGAAAACCUUCAACCCCAGCGAGUUGGGCGAAGGGGAGGGAGAGGCCGAGGGAGAGGAGGGAGACGGAGAGGGGGAGGCAGAGGGGAGCGUGGUGACCGAGUCCAUCCCCGGUUCCUCUUCCAAAACCAACCAGGAGGAGUUCGAGAUGGGCUCGGAGUACAGUGACAGAUUACCGCUGGGAGCAGAGGCAGUCAACAUCUCGGAGGAGAUCAACGGCAACUACAAGCAGCCAAGCCGCUGAGCUCCGCUGAUGUCUGCGAGUAUCAUGUAAAAUAUUUUACUUUUAAGUAGCCUACAUUCAAGCAGGUAACUCACCCACCAUUACUACACGUGAAAAACGACGGCGCCUGUUUAAAAAAAAAAGGUGGAUCUUUUAAUUUUUUUUUUUUUUUUUUUACCUCAGAAAUUACUCCGCCAGUCACUGAGAUUGUGAAUUGAUUCAUGUGACAUUUGUCGUUACUGUAAGGUUAAAAUAGGUAACAUACGUUUACAAUGCAAGCACAGACUUCUAGUUUAUCAGACCUCAAGACUGACAUGAAAACAACGAAGUGUUCCCUUUCUGCAGGACAGACACGGACGGCGAGGCGAGCGGAGUUCAUGCGUAAUUAAAAGCAAAAAAAGAAAAAAAUUUAAUCGCCGGUUUGGAGAGCACAAAAAAAGCAAAGCAAAAAAUAAGAAUAAAAGUGCCAUAUAUUGCAAAGCCAUUUUAAACAAACUGGCAUCAGGGAAAAUUUGCUCUUUCUAAGCUGUGUGCGUCUGUGGAUGAGCCUUCUCUAAAAGAAACCUCACACGGGCCAAUUAUCUUCUCAGGUGUCGGCACUCCGACUCCACUGACUCGUCCACGGAGCAGAAGCCAACAAAUCUGGAUGAUGAGAUUUGAUGAAAUGAUACUAUUAGAUGCAGAUAGAAUAUUUGAUUUCGGCGUCACUGCGCCUGACAUCGCACACAGCAGCGUCCUGCCCGCUGUCCUGUGAGUCCCAAAAGGGAAAUUUCACCGUCAGCUGUGUUGUGCUUAACGGGACAUCCCAGGUUCUUUACCAACAUGUUGUUUCACGUAACGUAUAAGGCUUUAAAAAAUGUGCGAUUUUAACCUCUUUAAUCCACGGGUGCUUGCUAUACUACUCUCGCUUUUUACAAUGAACGUGUCCAUGGCAUGUCACACGUAUUUCCUUGUGUGGUUUUUAUUAGUGUAGUCUAGAGGACUUUAGAUGUUAUACUGUCAACCUGUGAUGUAAAGCCAUGUGAAUUGAAAUUAUUCUUUUUUACGACGGUAAGUUUAACUGAAGCCUCAUCAGAGAGGGCGCGUGUGAGCGUCUCACGGCUUCACUGUCUUGUAAUUUGAUGCAUAGUGAGUUUUUGUGAACUAUGUUGUAAAACAAGAAACCCCGUGACCUUUGGAGAUUUUUUGAUAUAAUUUUAUGUAAGUGGAAUUAAUAAAACAUAUGAAACUAUA